GUUUUAUACAAUGAUUAUGAUUAUUAUAUAUUCCAAUAUAUCUUCAUCUUCUAAAAUAUAGCUUAUUCAAUAAUACUUGUGAGAAGGUUUUUCCUUGAUCAUCACUCAAAAAAUUGGAGUGAUGCAGGAAGUUUUCUGUAAAAUGUAAGUCAGAUGGAUAUGGCGAGCAGCAGCAAUUCCUCCUCUUCGCCUCUGGUAACACUGCCAUUGAAGAAGAAUUUUGAUGUGUUUGUGAGUUUCAGUGGUCAAGAUACUCGCUUAAAUUUCACAGAUCAUCUUUUUACUGCCUUUGAAAGUAAAGGGAUUGUUGCAUUCAGGGAUGACAAAAAUCUUCAAGAGGGAGAAUCCAUAGGACCCGAACUCCUUCGUUCAAUCGAAAACUCUCUGAUUUUCGUUGUGGUCUUCUCUAUAAACUAUGCUUCUUCAACUUGGUGCUUGCGAGAAUUAGAGAAGAUCCUUCAAUUAAGUCAAUUAUUUGGUAAACGAAUUUUGCCCAUUUUCUAUGAUGUUGAUCCUUCUGAUGUUAGACAUCAAAAAGGAAGCUAUGCGGAAGCCUUUUCCAAACAUGAACAAAGAUUUAAACAUGACUCUCAGAUGGUGCAAAGAUGGAGGGAAGCUUUAACACAGGUUGCCAAUCUCUCCGGUUGGGAUGUUCGUCAAAAGCCACAGUCCGCAGAGAUUAAAAAGAUUGUUCUAAAGAUAAUUAACAUAUUGGAUUGCAAAUCUUCAUGUGUUUCAAAAGAUAUAGUUGGUAUGGAUUCUCCUAUGCAAGAACUAGAAAAGCUUUUACUUUUGGACUCGGUUGAUGAUGUGCGUGUGGUAGGAAUUUGCGGGAUGGGAGGAAUAGGGAAGACAACUCUUGCUACUGUUUUAUAUGAUCGAGUCUCUCGACAAUUUGGUGCAUCUUGUUUUGUUGAUGAUGUAAGCAAAGUUUAUAGACUACAUGAUGGUCCACUCGGUGUACAAAAGCAAAUUCUAGAUCAAACUCUCAGCCAAGAGAAUCAUCAGAUACACAAUCAUUACAACGUGACUAAUCUCAUACGGCGCAGGCUAUGCCGUCAAAAGGCCCUUAUGGUUCUGGAUAAUGUUGGUCAAGUAGAACAACUAGAAAAAAUAGCUGUGCAUCGUGAAUGGUUAGGUGCCGGUAGUAGAAUCAUUAUCAUUUCUAGAGAUGAGCAUAUAUUGAAACAGUAUGGGGUGGAUGCAGUUUACCAAGUUCCUCUCUUGAAUCGGACUAACUCUCUUCAAUUAUUGUGUCGAAAAGCUUUCAAACUAGAUCACAUUUUGAGUAGUUAUGAAGGGUUGGUUAAUGACAUACUAUAUUAUGUCGAUGGCCUACCACUAGCAAUUAAAGUAUCGGGUUCAUUUUUGUUUGGCCGAGAUAUAUCUGAAUGGAAAAGUGCAUUGGCUAGUUUGAGAGAAAAUCCAGACAAAGAUGUCAUGGAUGUCUUGCGAUUAAGUUUUGAUGACCUAAGGGAGACAGAAAAAGAAAUAUUUCUUCAUAUUGCUUGUUUUUUCAACACAUAUACAGAGAAAUAUGUUAAAAAUGUUUUAAAUUGUUGUGAAUUUCAUGCUGAUAUUGGACUAAGGGUUCUCAUUGAUAAAUCACUUGUAAGCAUUGAAGAUGAAACGAUUCUAAUGCAUAAUUUGUUGGAAGAUCUAGGAAGAAAUAUUGUUGCAGAAUACACAAGCAAAGAGCCCAAAAAGUGGAGAAGGCUGUGGUUUGAAAAACAAUUCUAUGAUGUUAUGUUGGAAAAUAUGGAAAAGAAUGUUGAAGCCAUAGUUUUGAAUUAUGAAGAUGUGGAUGCAGUGAUAUUCGAAGACUUUUCAAAUCUUAGAUUGCUCAUCAUUGAUCAUGUAAAUGUAUCGGGAAGCUUCAAUUGUCUUUCUAACGAAUUGAGAUAUAUUGAGUGGAGUGGAUAUCCUUUCAUGUAUUUGCCAUCAUGUUUUCAGCCCAAUCAACUUGUUGAGUUGAUAUUGAAGUGUAGCAGCAUCAAACAACUCUGGGAAGGCAAGAAGAAUCUGCCCAAAUUGAGAAUUUUGGAUCUGAGGUACUCCGAGAAUCUAAUAAAGAUACCAGAUUUUGGAGAGUUCCCAAAUCUCGAGCGGCUAAAUCUAAAAGGAUGUAUACAACUUGUGCAGUUGGAUCCAUCUAUUGGGCUUCUAAAAAAGAUUGUUUACUUGAAUUUAAGAUAUUGCCGAAGUUUAGUAAGCAUACCCAACAACAUAUUUGGUCUCAGGUCUCUUAUAGUUCUAAAAAUGCAUGGGUGUUCUGGGUGUUGGUUCAAAGAGUUUAACAACACAAGGCAUUUGGAUAUAAGUGAAAGUGCUUCACAUUCCCAAUCAAUGUCCUCCAUCUGCAAAUGGACCCCAAAGCCUUACCAUUCCUUGCUUCCCACUCCCACAACAAACACUGUUAUGUUUCCUUCCUUGCUUAGCAUAUAUUGUUUACGUGAAGUUGAUAUUAGCUGUUGUGGUUUAAGCCAACUCCCUGAGGCUAUUGGAUGUUUACGUUGGUUAGAAAUGUUAAAUCUUGGGGGGAACAAUUUUGUGACACUGCCUAGCCUUAGGGAGCUUUCCAAACUUGUACAUUUGAACUUGGAGGACUGCAAGCGGUUGGAAUCUUUGCCCGAGCUUCCUUUCCCUUCUACUAUCGAGCAGGAUCUUCGAAAGAACAGAUAUUGGAAGAGAGCAGGAUUGUUCAUUUUCAACUGUCCUAAAAUAAGUGAUAAGGAAAGAUGCAGUAGAAUGACAUUCUCAUGGAUGACACAAUUCAUUCAAAUGAACAAUGAACACCCUGCCUUCUUUUACAUUGGUAUUGUCAAUCCAGGAAGUGAAAUACCAAGUUUGUUCAACAAUCAGAGCGUUGGUAGUUCAAUUCCCGUAUCUCCUGUUACGCGGUACAAGGGCCAUAAUAUCGUUGGCUUUUUAUGUUGUGCUGUAUUUUCUUUAGCGCAUUGUUAUCCAACAACGACAAGAUCUUGGGCCAUGUUGGAACUGUAUGCAUUAAACAACGUUGUCUUUCUUCCGGUAAAUUUAGAUGGAAAUCUUAUUACUGUCACAUCAAAUCACAUCUGGCUAAUCUAUUUCCCUUGGAAGUCAUCUUAUGAUGAUUUGUAUGCUCCUUUCCAUGUUAAAACUAAAUGCGUUGGAGGCUUGGAUGUGGAGGUGAAGAAAUGCGGGUAUCGUUGGGUAUAUAAACAAGAUCUACAAGAGCUCAACUCAAAAAUGAUGCAUAAGCACAAGUUUUUAGAAUUUGAAGAUGACAACCACAACUACACUCAUUUGAAAUAUAGAAGAAACAACACAUGGACAAGAAGGUCAGGGAGAACCUCAAGCAAAUGGAUAACCAAGAAGAAACAUUGACUUGAUUUUCAUCUCCCUUGUCACAAGAAGACCCGCAAGUGGGAAAAUGGGGGUCUGAAGCUAAUAGAAGCUUGUUAGAUUAAGGUGUAAUGUUCACAUAAGGAUAAUACGAUUUUCGUAGGUACUUUUGUCCAAUAAUGUUUUCACUGUAUUUGUAUUUGGAUCCAUAUUUUUG